AUGAACAACAGAAGGAGGGGUAGCGGAGCUGCGUACGAAGACCGGAGCAAAGAUACUCGAGAUGGCUCCACCAGACAUCCCCAACAUGAUAGUAAACAGGAGAGAAAUGAUGACAAGGAGAGGAAAAGCCAAGCCAUUAUUGACAACUAUGGAAGGAAAGUAUGGGACAAAGAUUAUUACCAAAAGAAAGCGGAAGAAAAAACAACAAACGAGGAGGAUGAACUUAUUUUAAAAUUACUACCUGAUUUGAAAAAAAAAAAUGUCCCUUCUCCACCACCCCCAUCUGAGAGGAAGCUAUUAGAGGGAAGGAAAGAAAUACUCACACUUGAAAAAAACUUGGGGAAGGUUCAAAUAGUAACAGAAAAGACGAUAAAACAAGAGCAAGGAGGUUACUACUGUAAAAUAUGCGAUUGUGUGUUAAAAGACUCACAGACAUAUUUGGACCACAUCAAUGGUAAGAAUCACAAUCGAAUGCUUGGCUAUAGCAUGAAGGUGAAGAGAGUGGCUCUCAGUGAUGUUGUUAACAAACUGAACGUCUUGCGAGAUGCCAAGAGGAAGAAGGCGCAGCAGGACGAAGUUCCUCUAGAUGUCGAUCCAGAAAGAAGCGUGAAAAAGAGGCUCCUCGAUUUGCAACAAAUGGAAGACAUGAAGGUGCAACGGCGGAAGGAAAAGAAGCUACUUAAAAAGUUGGAGAAGCAGCGGAGGGCUGAGCAGGAAGAGGAGGCGGGUGCGCUGGAGCAGGACGACCAGCAGGAUGCAGAAGAUGCUCAGUUAAGGGAGAUGGUACAAAUUCUUCAAAAUGAUAAGUAUUAA